CAUUUAGGCGAGAAUUUUUCUAAUGAAAAAGCGACAUAAAUUUAGGGAAUGAUGAUGUCUUAAUAUGAGUUAAUAGAAUAAAUUCGGGAAACUGAAAUAAAUUGAUACUGUAACAUUUCAUCAUCGUUUGCUUGAGGAAAAAAAAUGGAGAGAGAAAUUUCGGUGCGCAGCCUAAGCGGAGAAUCUAUCACUAUUUCAAUUUCAUCGACCAAAACAAUUGCAGACCUCAAACUCAUUUUGAAGAACCGCUUUCCUCCCGCCUCUUCUUCCGACUUUCAUCUUUUUCUCAGAGGUAUGAAAUUAGGUGUUAAGAGUCAAAUAGGACGUCAUUCCAUAAACUCAGGAGAAUUUGUCGCUCUUAUGCCGUUUACAAAGAAAGCAAAAUCCCAAAAUAUACACUCUGAGGAAUCUGGAGUAGCCUCACAGACUACUCCACAAAGUGAACCUUCACACGUAGCAGAAUCAGCUUGGCGUGAUAUGAUGGAAGAUUUGUCGUAUCUAAGUAACACAAUGAGUUCUGAAGAACAUUCUGGUUGUUUGCCAGAUCAUUUUGAUAAAAGUAAAGAUGACAUGAUAAAUGAGAAUCUCUCAAGUAAUUAUUCAAGAAAGCGUAGAAAGAUCUCUCAAGUUGAAAAUAAGGCAGGGCUUGCUGAUGAUCUUAUAUCUAGUUUACUGCAUUCCUCUAAAAGGCAUGUUCUUGAUCAAGAAGUUUGUGAAGGUUUCCUCAAGGUAUUGGAGUCCGUGCGUUGUUUAUCGGAUGCAGAAACUGGGAACUGUAUGUUAUCUAGCAAGUUUAAUAUGCAGGAGAAUGGCCAGCCGGCCCAGCCCUCUUGCUCAUGCCUUUGCCCAACAUGGUUAACGAUAAUGAUGAAGUCCUUUACGUUCUUGAACAUUUUUGCUGGAUUUCUUCAAGUGAAUCAUGAAGCUGUUACGUUUGACCUUGUCAAGAAUUCAAUUGAUAAACUCCGUGAACUUGGUUUCUGUGGUUGUGUGGAAGAUUUGAAGCGUCUGCCAGAUCUCUGCCCUAAGGUUGUGCAUUUUAUUGACCAAGAAACAGAAAGUAAGAUGUCACUUGAUGUUAUUGUGAUAAAUAAUUUCUCAAGGGAACAGUCUGACCAUAUUAAAAGCAAUGUGAAAGCUCGAAAAACGGUUCCUGUGUCAAAGAUAAUUAGUUCGAUAAAUAGAAGACAAAUACUUUUCAGAACAACUUUAGAGGAAGGUUUCAGAUUACUUUUGCCUGAUGGAAUCUAUGCGAAAGCUGCUUCGCUGGAGGAGCUUAUCACUUCUGUAAAGAAAACUGAUUCAUCCUCUUACGGAAUUGGUGCAGAAAAAAAUAGAAGCUCUAUCGAAGUGCGGUGUUGUGAGACUCAUCCACUUUCACCCAUGUUGAUGCUUGAACAUCUUAGGAAGGGCAUCGGCUCUCGUGGACAGAUAGUACAUAUAGAAGAAAUUACUGCAAGAGUUGCAGUGUGCACUGAUAUCCCUGAUGAAUUAUCAGAAAAUGCGAAGAGUGCUCUAAGGACUCUGGAAAUUACUAAGCUGUAUAGCCACCAGGCUGAGUCUAUAAAGGCUUCUUUGUGUGGAAAAAAUGUCGUGGUAGCCACCAUGACAUCUAGCGGGAAAUCUCUGUGCUAUAAUAUUCCAAUACUAGAAGCAUUAUCCCAAAACUGGCUAUCAUGUGCUCUAUAUCUGUUUCCUACUAAGGCCUUAGCUCAGGAUCAGUUGCGAUCAUUGCUGUCUAUGACUGAAAAUUUUGAAAAUGUCAAUAUUGGAGUUUAUGAUGGUGACACUUCUCAAAAAGAGAGGAAUCAGCUUCGUGACAACGCUAGACUGCUGAUCACCAAUCCAGAUAUGCUGCAUAUGUCAAUCUUGCCAUAUCAUGGACAGUUUCAGCGAAUUUUAUCUAAUCUUAAGUAUGUAGUCUUUGAUGAAGCACAUGCUUAUAAGGGAGCAUUUGGAUGCCAUACUUCCCUUAUAUUGAGGAGACUACGCCGGUUAUGUUCUCAUGUGUAUGGCUCUGAUCCUUCUUUUAUCUUUUCUACUGCAACUUCUGCCAACCCCCGUGAGCAUGCAAUGGAACUUGCAAAUUUACCAACAAUGGAGCUGAUUGACAAAGAUGGAAGUCCGUCCGCUCCAAAGUCUUUUAUUCUUUGGAAUCCACCUUUGUUACCAAAAACAGUGCAGCGAACUGACACAAGAAUCAAAACCAUUGUCACAAAGAGGUCUAGCCCUAUAUUGGAGGUUUCACAACUCUUUGCUGAAAUGGUGCAGCAUGGACUACGUUGUAUUGCUUUCUGCAAAACACGCAAACUUUGUGAAGUUGUGUUAUCUUACACACAUGAGAUUCUUCAAGAUACAGCUCCUCAUCUUAGUGAUUCCAUCUGUGCUUAUCGUGGUGGCUAUGUUGCUGAGGAUAGGAGAAGGAUAGAGAGUGAAUUCUUUAGCGGGAAGCUCUGUGGAAUCGCUGCAACUAAUGCUCUUGAGUUGGGUAUUGAUGUUGGACAUAUUGAUGUGACAUUGCAUCUAGGUUUUCCUGGUAGCAUUUCUAGUCUGUGGCAACAAGCUGGUAGGUCUGGAAGAAGAGGAAAACCGUCACUUGCUGUGUAUGUUGCAUUUGAGGGACCACUGGAUCAGUAUUUUAUGAAAUUUCCACAAAAAUUAUUCAGAAGCCCUGUAGAAUGCUGCCAUGUAGAUGCUCAAAACCCAAAGCUUCUUGAGCAGCACCUAAUUUGUGCUGCCAUAGAGCAUCCUAUAAGUUUGAUAUAUGAUGGAAAGUAUUUUGGCUCUGGUUUAAACGAUGCUGUUACAGCACUUGAAAGCAGGGGAUAUUUAUCUGCUGACCCCUCUGGUGAGUCAACAGCAAAGAUAUGGAGCUACAUCGGGCAAGAGAAAUUACCUUCUCGUUCAAUUAGUAUCCGUGCAAUUGAGUCUGAGAAAUACAAAGUAAUUGACAAGAAUAACGAAGUUCUUGAAGAGAUUGAAGAGAGCAGGGCUUUUUUCCAGGUAUAUGAAGGGGCAAUCUACAUGAAUCAAGGGAAGACCUAUCUAGUGAAGGAGUUGGAUUUAUCAAGUAAGAUUGCAAUUUGCCAAAGAGCAGACGUGAAGUAUUAUACCCAGACUCGUGACUACACUGACAUUGAUGUCAUUGGAGGUGCUCUUGCUUACCAAAUAAGAGCUUCAAAGAUGCAGUGUCAUGGAACAACUGCCCUAACAAAUUCCUGCACAGUAACCACCACUUGGUUUGGUUUCCGUUGCAUUUGUAAACGAACCAGUAGGGUACUUGAUACGGUUGAUCUUGCACUUCCCAAAUAUUCAUAUGAGUCAAAGGCUGUCUGGAUUCGAGUUCCCACAUCUGUGAAAACAGCAGUGGAGAAAGAGGGAUUUUCUUUUCGUGCCGGCCUACAUGCUGCAUCUCAUGCUGUCCUCAAUGUAGUUCCGCUGUGCAGUCUGAAGUCUGAACGCUCAAGCCAAAACUAUCUAUGGCUUUCGUCAUCUAGGAACCAACCACACUCAAUCAUCCUAUUAUCUUUUAGCUGUGUACAUGCUGUAUUUAAUCGCUAAGGAGUCAAUACACAGUUUGAAGGGUAAUGAGGGCUCUAGCUUUAUUACAAUAUAUCUCUGUUUCUAGUUUCUACCGACAUUUAUCAAAUUAUAGACUUAACUAACUUGUGACAAUGGUCAUCUCCCUUUUAUUGGUGUAAGGGUGAGGAUCAAGGCCGUGCUUCUUUUGCACUAAAACUUUAGACUUUAACCCGUAUAGAAUUACAUUAAGCAGGUGCUGAAAUCUAGUCAUUCUUUCACAAAAUUAUUGAAUAGCUCUCCAAUUGGAACUAUCUUGCUCACUCCUUAUAGUAUGCUUUCUCUAGAAGAUUUUUCUCAAAGAUCUGCAGCUCUGCACUAAAUUUACACGAUGUGCUAUAGGAUGAUUUUUACUUACAAUAUUAAUAUGGGGUCUUGGCUGGGUAGGUGUGUGUAUUUGUGGUUUUUGUUCUUUUUUUUUUUUUUAAAUAAUAUAAGAUAGACUGCAUUAUGUAUAGAGUGUAGAUUAACUGUCCGAGAGGGAUUACCUAUCUUGAUCUUCUUUGUGCCUUAUUGAUACUUUAGGUGGCCUGUAUUCACUAGUGAUUAAAACCAUAACCAUGCAUUUGCAGUUGUCUCUUGUCUGUCUAUUAUUUGCUAAACAGGUGACAAAAGCUCCUGAACCUCUUGUCGCCAAAUCUAUUGAUUGUUGGUGCCACACUGCCACUGCUAAUAUUUCAGAGGAGCUGAAUGAAUUACUGCUAUCGAUGAUAAUAGUUUUUGCAAUGAAUAAUUCAUCCAAAAUUUACACCUAGAACCCGCUUCCUAAAUUUCUCUUUGUUUUCUUUGUUCCUUUUUGUAUAAAGCUUUGCUCUUUUAUAACUUUGCUGUUUCCCUGAUUGAGUCUCUUGUAAAUGUGUAGCUACAUAAUCUGUGACUCUUCAGAUUUAGCUCCAGAAUGUGCAAAUCCUCAUGAAACCCGCUAUGUACCAGAAAGAAUCUUAUUAUAUGAUCAACGUCCCGG